UUUGAUUUGCAGGAGGCAUCUUCAUCAGAGCUGCAUCUGAAAAUCCAACCAUCAUGCAAGAAACUGAGCACCGAAUCGGGGGAAGCCCUAAGAGAAUUAGCCACCGCACUGAAAAACAAGACCUUUCCAUCGGCGGCGGCGGAAACCCACAUCAAGAACUCGAAAUCGGCGGCCGAAGAACUCAAGAGAGUACUCGAGAACUCGUCUCUGCUGCCAACGAAACUUGACCUCCAAGAAAUCAUGCCGUUGCUCGUUACAUCAUCUGUACUAAUCGACGUCGUUGCCUGCGUGGAGAGAAUCGCGGUUUCUGUUAAUGAACUUUCGGAAAAAGCGGGUUUUGUAAGAGAAGCGGUUUCGGCGGAUCAGAAGCAGCUGCUUCGCCGUGGGAUUGUGAAGCCGGUUGAUGAUGAACAUGGGGUGGUGAUUGAGAUUAACGAUAAGUUGGGGGACUCCGUGGAAAAUAUGAAAACUGUAAAUAUUAUAUAA